UUAGAAACGAUGUGUCCCUGGGAAGAGGCCCGAGCAUAACAAUGGCCUCCGCCGUCUCCACCGCCGCCUUCCCAUGCCCUAACCCUACCCUCUUCCUCCGCCACCGGCCCUCUCCACCGCCUUCUCUGCUCCGCCUCCCCCACCGCUCUCCGCGCCCCGGAGACCUCCGUCUCCGCGCUCGCGCCACCGUCACCCCCCGUUCGCCCUCCUCCCUCCUAUCCGACUCCACUCGGACACUCGCCUCCCUCCUCGCCCUCGCCCUCUCCGCCUCCAAGGCCGUCCUCUCCGGCGUCCGUCGCCUCGCCGAGCGCGCCGCCGCGGCGGCCGCCCCCUCCCCGGACGAGCUCGCCGAGCUCCGCUCCAUCCAAGGCAACCUGGCCUGGGCGGCCGGGCCCCUCUUCUUCGCCGCGCGCCGGAUGAAGCGGCCGUCGGGAUACCUCAACACCCCGCUCACCGUAGUCGCGGCGGGGAUGGCGAAAUGGUUGGACAUCUACAGCGGAGUGUUGAUGGUGAGGGUACUGCUGAGCUGGUUCCCCAACAUCCCUUGGGAUCGCCAGCCUCUGUCGGCGAUCCGGGACCUGUGCGACCCGUACCUCAACCUCUUCAGGAACAUCAUCCCGCCGGUCUUUGAUACCCUCGAUGUCAGCCCCCUUCUGGCUUUCGCUGUCUUGGGGACUCUUGGAUCGAUCUUGAACAACAGCCGGGGAACGUAUUGAGGAGGCGACAGGGAAAAAGUAUGUUCAUUCAUCUCUUUCAUUGAACACAUCUUUGAUUUGUUGGAUUAUAUGUGUCCAAUAGCUGCCAUGCUUGAAUUUGGAUUGGUGAAGAUUACUUAACAUUGUUUGCUUGAAGAGAAGUGAGGUGAACAUGGAUUUAUGAAUUAAAUAUACUUGGUUGUUAUGCAA